AAAUGUAAAUUUAAGUAGUAUUUUACUGGGUGACUUCCACUUUUACUUGAGUAUGACAAUUGGGUACCUUUUCCACCACUGGUGGUCGCCUGGCUGCUUCAGUAUGGUAUGCAUGUAUGGACUUUAAAGACAGGACUGUAAAUAUUCCUUCCUUUCGUCCUUCCAUUCUCCAUUGCUUCCUCUCCUCCUUCCUGAUUUGAAAGCAUUGAUAAUGUUCAUCAGCACCUCUGGAGAUUUUUUUUUUGUUUACUGUCAAUAAUGUUUAAUUGUCUGUAUAGAGUCAACAAGGUUGCUAUUCCCCCUGAGAGCAACAGACAGGACAAGAGCCUGAACUGUGAUCAGACAGUGUGGGGUCUCACGUUUGGACCCCGUCCAUCAAAAACACCAACCCCUGGUGAUAAAGCAGCCUCCAAUGAGAGAGAAUCAUCCAGACUGCUUCUGGCCACUGGACAACGGAGUCAACAAGAUAUGGGAUGUUGCAACUGCCACAUCGUCACUGGCUACAAGGACUGGGUCAGCCACUGUCCUCACUGGCCACAAGGACUGGAUUAGCCACUGUCCUCACUGGCCACAAGGACUGGAUCAGACACUGACCUCACUGGCUACAAGGACUGGAUCAACCACUGUCCUCACUGGCUACAAGGACUGGAUCAGCCACUGUCCUCACUGGCCACAAGGACUGGAUCAGCCACUGUCCUCACUGGCUACAAGGACUGGAUCAGCCACUGUCCUCACUGGCUACAAGGACUGGAUCAGCCACUGUCCUCACUGGCCACAAGGACUGGAUCAGCCACUGUCCUCACUGGCCACAAGGACUGGGUCAGCCACUGUCCUCACUGGCUACAAGGACUGGAUCAUCCACUGUCCUCACUGGCUACAAGGACUGGAUCAGCCACUGUCCUCACUGGCUACAAGGACUGGAUCAGCCACUGUCCUCACUGGCUACAAGGACUGGGUCAGACACUGUCCUCACUGGCUACAAGGACUGGAUCAGACACUGUCCUCACUGGCUACAAGGACUGGAUCAGCCACUGUCCUCACUGGCUACAAGGACUGGAUCAGCCACUGUCCUCACUGGCCACAAGGACUGGAUUAGCCUCUGUCCUCACUGGCCACAAGGACUGGAUCAGCCACUGUCCUCACUGGCCACAAGGACUGGGUCAGCCACUGUCCUCACUGGCUACAAGGACUGGAUCAUCCACUGUCCUCACUGGCUACAAGGACUGGAUCAGCCACUGUCCUCACUGGCUACAAGGACUGGGUCAGACACUGUCCUCACUGGCUACAAGGACUGGAUCAGCCACUGUCGUGUUUCAUCAGAUUGCAACAUGGUGGCAUCCUGGUUUGACCAUGUUAGACCCCAUGACUCAACAUACCGGAAUGCUCCUCAGACAAGGAAAAAUGUAUAUGAGUUCGGGAAUAAUGAGAGAAUACUUAUUGGCGUCCAUUUUAAAUUAAUUUGAGUGGUUUGGAAGUAUUGACUAAUGAUAGCAGUCAAGGGAGGAGAGUAUAUUUAUUUAUUUUAACCUUUAUUUAACCAGGCUGUUCAGUUAAGAACAAAAUCGUAUUUACAAUGACGCUGAGCCAAUUGUGCCCCGCCCUAUGGGACUCCCAAUCAUGGCCGGAUGUGAUACAGCCUGGAUUAUUGGCAUCCAUUUGAAAUGUAUGAGUUAUUUGGAAGUAUUGAAUAACUAAUGAUAGCAGUCAAGGGAGGAAAGCUUAUUAUUUGCCUCCAUUUGGAAAGCAUAACAAAAUGGUGGGAAUAUUGUAUGACAGAAGUGACGGAACUUUCUAGGGCCCUGAGGUGAUGCAUCUUUCAUUCCGAUCUUCUCUGAAGUGAUGGUUGAAUAGGUGAAGGCAAGGAUUCUACUUUGUGGUUUAGACAAAUCAGUCAUGUCUGAUCAGCU